AAAGAACACAUCCAGAUCGAGAGCCAAAGCGAUCCUCCACCCAUCCCGAGGAUUAAACCCCCUCCAAUCCAAGAGCCCUAAUCUCCGAUCCCUCGCCUGGGCGUCCUUUCUGGUCUCCUUCCAAGCCCUGCUCUCGAUCGACCCCUUCCGCCGGUCCGGCGAUUGGUCCCUCGCUUAAAUCCAUUUUCCUGGGUUGCUUCGGGACGGAUCUCUGAUCCGGGAAUUCUCGGUCGGGUAGUGUCCUCGGCGGCGGCGGCGGCGGCGAUGGACGUGUUUGAAGAGUACUUCAAGCGGGCAGAUUUGGAUCGGGAUGGAAAGGUUAGCGGCGACGAGGCGGUUGCAUUCCUUCAGGGUUCCAAUCUGCCCAGGAACGUCUUAGCUCAGGUUUGGAUGUAUGCUGAUCAGAACCGAACUGGUUUCCUUGGACGUUCAGAUUUCUUUAAUGCCCUGAAACUGGUCACUGUGGCUCAAAGUGGUCGUCAGCUAACACCAGAAAUUGUAAAGUCAGCAUUAUUUGGCCCAGCUGCAGCUAAGAUUCCUGCUCCAAAGAUAAAUCUUGCAUCUUCCCCUGCACCUCAGUCAAAUUCUACAACUACUCCUACAGUUCCAACUAAUUCUUUGCGACCACCUACUAAUCAGUUUGGUUCGAUAGCAGCAAAUUCACCUCAAAAUCUUGGUUUCAGGCCAACACAAGCACCUCAAAAUUCAUUUAUGAAUCAACAGUUCUUCCCAACUGCAAAUAGCAAUGUCAUGAGGCCACCUCAAGCGACACAUCCUGCUGCUUCAACUCCAGUGCAGGGUGGUAAUUCAGGAUUGGUUGGAGGAGGUAGUGUUGCAGGGCCACCUUUGCCAAACUCAAAUAACUCAAACCUGUCAAACAAUUGGCGUGGUGGUAAUUUGAAUGUAGUAUCAGUUGGGGGGGCAUCUCAGACUCCUAUCAGGGGCACUAUCCCUUCUCAAAACCAGGGAGGCGUUAGUGUAGGACUCUUAGGCAUGAGUGGGGCACCUUCUAGACCACAAACACAAUUUGUGGCAAAGCCUCCUGAUCAGAUCUUACCAUCAUCUAAACCGAAUGAGUCAAAGGCUCUGGCAUCUGGAAAUGAUCAUUCUUCUGAACCUUUCUUUGGAGGUGAUGUUUUUUCUGUUACUUCUCAGCCAAAGUUAAGUUCUAAUACACUUGGCUUCUCGGUAAACAGCAUCUCUAAUUCAUCCAGUACUGCCUCAGUGAUUGUUGGAACUCAAAGUUCGAUUAGGCCUGGACAGCUUGAUCCUACUCAGAUUACUCGGUCACUUCCUUCUGCUGGUAGUCAGCUUCAACAGACUCAGUCUAAUGUUAAGCAAAAUCAACUUGAUAGUUUAAAGAUGAACUCAGCAAUGGCUGCACCUAAUGUUACAGCUGGAUCUGUGAAUCCAGCUUCAAAUCAGUCGCAGACUCAAUGGCCAAAGAUAACUCAAGCUGACAUUAAGAAGUACACUAAUGUAUUUGUCAAUGUAGACAAGGACAGAGAUGGAAAAAUUACGGGUGAACAGACACGGACCUUGUUCUUGAGUUGGAAGCUCCCUAGAGAGGUCUUAAAGCAGGUGUGGGACUUAUCUGACCAAGAUAACGACAGCAUGCUUUCUUUGAGAGAGUUCUGUAUUGCUCUCUAUCUAAUGGAAAGAUACCGAGAAGGGCGUCCCUUGCCAUCAGUGCUUCCAAGUGGCAUUAUGUAUGAUGAAACGUUACUACGAGCUGCGGGUAUGCCUUCAGCCGCUUAUGGUGUUCCAACUUGGCAACCAGGAUUACCACACCAAGGUCUCCCUGGAUAUCGUCCUGUAAUGCCAGCAGCUGGACCAAGGCCUCCAAUGCAAACUCCUGUCCCAUCACAGAUUCCUGGUGCCAUGCAUUCACCGCAGCAAAACUUGGGAAAACCUGGGCUAGAUAAUCACAUGGUAAACAACUUUGGCAAGGAUGAACAACAUACAACUCCAAAGUACCAGGAAUGGUCAAAUGCUGACAAUAAAGUUCAAGAAGUGGAAAAACAGAUCCUGGAUUCAAAGGAGAAGAUUGAAUUUUAUCGCACCAAGAUGCAAGAACUUGUUCUUUACAAGAGUAGAUGUGAUAAUCGAUUAAAUGAGAUCACAGAAAGGGCAUCUGCUGAUAGGCGUGAGGUUGAGUUAUUAGCAAAGAAGUAUGAAGAGAAGUACAAACAAGUUGGAGAGAUAGCUUCAAAGCUGGCAAUUGAAGAGGCCAAGUAUCGUGACAUUCAGGAAAGAAAGAUGGAGCUGCAUAAUGCCACAAUUAAGAUGGAACAAGGUGGCAGUGCUGAUGGAUUGCUUCAGGUUCGUGUUGAUAGAAUUCAAUCGGAUCUUGAGGAGUUAGAGAAAGGACUUAACGAACGUUGCAAGCAACAUGGUGUUCAUGUUAAAUCAACUACAUCAAUUGAGCUCCCCUUUGGCUGGGAAUCUGGACCACUAGAUAUGGUGGCUGAUUGGGAUGAAGACUGGGAUAAAUUUGAUGAUGAAGGAUUUUCAAUUAUAAAGGAUCUAACUUCUGGAGUUGUCAAUACUGUUUCAACUGGAGAACCUAAAUCCCCGUCAAUCUGGGAUGAUAAAUCCUCUAUAGAUGAUAAUUCCCCCAUUGCAUCUUCUCAGAAUGUUGGUGGCAGGAAUGAAAAGCUUGAUGGUAUUAAUGAAAAUAUGAAUGGGUUGGCCUAUGAUAACGGUGAAGAAGGAUCAACAAGAAGCCCCACUAGUAGUCCUGGAAGAAGUACCAUAGAAAGUCCAUUUAACUCAACCCAUUUUGGAAUACAUGAUGUUUCACCACGCACAAAAGAAAGUCAUAGCGAUCAAGUUGGUGCCGAAUCCACUAUUUCCGGAGACAAGUAUAAUGACGAGCCAUGGACUUUCGAUGAUACUGAUUCAGUAUGGAAGGAGACUGAUUAUGAGAGCAGCACUCGGAAUGCCUUCAUGUCCCACUUUGAUUCAAUGAAAGCAGACUCUCCAAGUGCUAGUAGUGUAUUUGAAAAGGGGAAGAAGAACUUGUUUUUUGAUGAUUCCGUUCCAAGUUCUCCGUUGUUCAACUCUGCUUCACCAUCAAGGUUUAAUGAUGGACGAGACGACUAUGGUUUCAGCAGCUUUGGCAGAUUCGACUCCUUUGCCACACACGACAGUGGUCCUUUCCCUGCGCAUGAGACCUUCUCUAGGUUUGACCCCAUCAGCAGCUCUCGCCCUGAAACACUUGCGAGGUUUGACUCAGUUAGCAGCAGCCGGGAAUUCGGCCGCGGAAGGGGUUUUGAAUCUUUUGACGAUGCCGAUCCCUUCGAUACAACCGGCCCUUUCAAGCCCUCCGGAGGCCAUUCCCCAAAGCAAGGUUCUGAUAACUGGAGGGCCUUCUAGAUGGUAUCCCCAAAGCAGGCUUUCUUUCGAAGUGCAAACAUUUGGAAAUUUUCAUAAAAAAGUGUUGGUUGUAUGUGCUGUAGAUUCAAGGCAUAGAUUGGGUAGAUCGUUCAGGUCAGGUUCUUAAUUCUAUUUGUGUGCAGUAUAUGAGUAUAAUUUGUUGUCCUUUUUUCGCCAAUUUUCUUUGGACUGAAGGUUGGAAGAUUAUAAUUUCUUUCCCCCCACCCUUGUCGGACACGUCUUCUUCUUUCCAAACUUUACCUACUCGACAUUCUUUAUAUAUUAUGUGGUCUCUCCUUUGUAAUUCGAGUCCCA